AUGAAUAGUAUUGAUAUAAACAAUUUGCAGAAUUCUUUUCACCAUGCUGUCAAUCUAUCGAUCUCUCCAGGUGCAGUUUCUACAUCGCCAACCCAGUCUUUCAUGAAUACUUUACCAGCUAGAAUCACUUCAGCCAAAUUGUCAAAGGCUUUAAAACCUUUUUCUACUGGUGACAUAAGAAUCCUUUUAUUGGAAAAUGUGAAUGCUACAGCAAUUGAAAUUUUUGAAGAUCAAGGUUACCAAGUGGAAUUUCAUAAAUCUUCAUUGCCAGAGGAAGAACUGAUUAAGAAAAUUAAGGAUGUUCAUGCUAUUGGGAUUAGAUCAAAAACCAAGUUGACAGAAAAGAUACUGAAACAUGCUGAAAACCUGUCAGUAAUUGGUUGUUUCUGUAUUGGUACUAACCAAGUAGAUUUGGACUAUGCUGCUAAUAUGGGUGUUGCUGUAUUCAAUUCGCCAUUUUCUAAUUCUAGAUCUGUUGCUGAAUUAGUUAUUGGAGAGAUUAUUUCUUUGGCAAGACAGAUUGGUGACAGAUCUAUUGAACUACACACAGGUACGUGGAAUAAAGUGUCAUCAAAAUGCUGGGAAAUAAGGGGCAAAACAUUGGGUAUUAUUGGUUACGGUCAUAUUGGUUCCCAACUAUCUGUUUUGGCUGAAUCAAUGGGUUUACAUGUUUUGUAUUACGAUAUUGUUACGAUUAUGGGUUUGGGUACUGCUAAACAAGUUUCAACCUUAAAUGAACUUUUAAAUAAUUCUGACUUUGUCUCAUUACAUGUUCCCGAAACUCCAGAAACCAAAAAUUUAAUAUCUGGACCACAAUUUGCAGCUAUGAAGGAUGGCUCCUAUCUAAUCAAUGCCUCGAGAGGAACUAUUGUUGAUAUUCCUUCUUUAAUUGCCGCCAGUAAAGCUGGGAAAAUUGCAGGUGCAGCAUUAGAUGUCUAUCCAAAUGAGCCUGCAAAGAAUGGUUCAGGAGCCUUUUCAAACCAAUUGAAUUCAUGGACUUCAGAUUUGGUUUCUAUGAGAAACUUUAUUUUAACUCCACAUAUUGGUGGUUCUACUGAAGAAGCACAAAGUGCCAUUGGAAUUGAAGUUGCUGCUUACCUAACAAAAUAUAUAAACGAAGGUAACUCUGUUGGCGCUGUGAAUUUCCCUGAAGUUUCAUUAAGAUCAUUAGAUUAUGAUCAAGAGAAUAUUGUUCGUGUAUUAUAUAUCCAUAAAAAUGUUCCUGGUGUUUUAAAAACUGUUAAUAACGUUCUAUCAGAUCAUAAUAUCGAAAAGCAAUUUUCAGAUUCUAAUGGUGAAAUUGCUUAUCUAAUGGCGGAUAUUUCAAAUGUAAAUCAAAGUGAUAUUAAAGAUAUUUAUGACCGUUUAAAUGAAACAUCGCAUAAGAUAUCGAUUAGGUUAUUAUAUUAA